CUGUCAAACGAAGCUCUUUCCACGCGACAUAGCGUAAUAAAUAUAGUAUUAGGUAACAUCACAUCUAAGAGUUCGCUUUCGCGUAACGUAAUUCCGAUAUGAAUAGAAAUUGCGCAUGAAGAUUUCACAAUAAUUUGUAAUGGACGCUAUAAAAUGACAUUUCUUUGAUCACAAUUUUAUUAAAGUACUAGAAAUAGGUUAACACUCUAUUGUUCUCUAUUCUUAUUAUUGUUCUAUUAAAACUAAUUGCGAUAUGAUUUAAAUUACACGAUGAUAUGGCUUAUCUACAUUAUCGUUUUGAAAAGCUAUGCCAGUGGUAGCAAAUACGGGACUCCAAAUGCUGGUAAACAAUGCGGAGUUCGCUAUACAAGAUCAGUCGAACACAAAACAUUGACUUUCCCGGAUUUCACGUUUCCCGAAACCUCCUAUCCAAUGACAAUUCUAGAUGCAAAACCAUUUUUUUUCGUAACUGAAGCGCAGGACAGUAUUCUGAGCCCAUUUGAGCAGGAUGUCCAAAAGUCAUUUAAGCGCCUUGAGACCAAAACAAAAGAUCAAUCAAACUUUAAUCUUACAGUUACUUCUGAACUGGAAACAGUCAACAGAACUUGUCAAUAUGUUAUAAAUAAUAUAUCUCAAACACAAGAUUCUAUAAUUAAUAUAUUAGAUGAAUAUGUCUGUGAAACAUAUUUAAAUGAAAUUAAUGAUACAAUGAACAUGUUAGAUACUUUUGAAGAAACUGAUUUCAUUAAUGAAUUGCAAAUGGAUGACAUAGAUAACAAUGAAUCUGAGUUAGUUGAAAUGUCAUCCGAAGUAUCAAAAUCAUCUAUUGACGAGAGAAGUGAUGAUAUUUCUAAUAAGUUGAUAAAGACAGAUAACGAAUAUAAUUUCACAACCGAUUACGAGGAAACUACAAUAUUACCAAUGUUAUAAUUUGUGUAACUAUUUAUUUACAUUUGUUAUUUUUGGAGUUGAGACUCUUGGGGGGUUCAAGUGCACAACUAAUUAAAGAAGGCCAUAAGGAUCAAAUUAAAUUUGUUUUAUUUUUUAUUAUUACUAUGUAU